AUGCAAUGGGCCAUUGACUUAGUGGGUCCCUUGCCACCAGCACCCGCCAAGAAAGAAAUGAUGAUCGUCGCCACCGACUAUUUUACUAAAUGGAUCGGGGCCGAAGCUCUAUCCUUUACUAAAGAAGCCGAUGUGGAGCGAUUCAUCUGGAGAAACAUCAUCUGCCGAUUUGGCCGCCCACAGUCGCUAGUCACUGACAAUGGCUCACAAUUCAUUGGCAAGCAGAUUACCGCCUUCUUUGCGAAAUACAAGAUCAAGCAACACCUGUCCACUCCGAGACUAGAAGGCGCCGAAGGGAAAUGGGUGAACGAACUCCCCGAAGUACUAUGGGCUUAUCGCACCACCAAACGAAUGUCGACUGGCAAAACCUCAUUCUCCCUCGCCUAUGGGACGGAAGCGAUCAUCUCUCCUCACAUCACAGUCCCCUCCAUAAGCCUUGAGGUGGGCAGUGUUGAUCAAAACUCCGAGUAG